AUGCAAUCAUCGGCAAAUGCAGAAAAAUAUUUUCUUCCAAGUGAAAAACAAGCACAUGAACUUUUAUUUCGAUAUAAAAAAAUCCGGUUGCAGGACGUAAAGUUUAUUGAACUUCAUUUUCAAUGCUGCGUUUUCAACAUGAAUCAGGUUCUGAUAUUUAGCAUUCUGGAAAGAAUUUAUGUCAAUAAUAAUCCAGUAUUUGAUGAUAGUGUUUACAAAGAUAAAGUCAAAGCUGCGUCGAGCUUGCAGAUGGAGGAUUGCGAUGCUUGA